AUGGUUUGUGUCCCAUGUAUAAUUCUCCCCGUAAUAUUAGCAAUAUAUCUUAAAUUUAUUCAACCGUUCAUACUCCGUUUUCUUCCGCAGUCAUGGCGUUCAAAAUUCGAUGCAAUAUUGUAUCCAACAUGCCCACUACAAGAACAAAUAGAACUAAAUGCAACAGUCAAUUUAAAUAAGAAUGUCACUAAUAAAAAACAAGAAUAA